AUGUACGCGCGAGCUGCGGGGUGGGAUAGCGGAUCAAACGGUGACAAGAGAGGCAAGGAAGAUUUCACCAGGCUUGUCAACUUUGACCGGUCACCAGCAAUACCUGAUAACUGGAAGGAGAUCAAUAAAAGAUUGGUUCGAACCCGUCCCUCCCUUUCGCCAUCAAAGUUCUCUGAUGGGGAGUUCCGGAAAUUCAAAAGAGCGGAUACACACGCAUCUAAGGAGAAGCCAGUGACAACCACAGUGAUUCCAAUUAUCGAAGGCGAUAUCGGCGAUCCUAAAUGUACCGGAGGAGGGUAUGUGUUCGGCAAUCUUGCCCCGUUAACUGAUGGCACGCUGGCUCAAGCCAAACCGGAUCACUUUGAUGGUGCGCGUCCUGAACAACUUGAUCGUCAAAUCCGCAAAGAACUUAGUGAUCAGAUUAUUCCAUCAACCCAGAAUGACCUUCGCAUGGCACCAAACUUCUUUCUGGAAGCAAAAGGCCCUGACGGAUCCCUUGCGGUGGCUACACGGCAAGCUUGCUCUGAUGGCGCACUAGGAGCCCGAGGCAUGCAUUCGCUUCAGUCAUACCGACAGGAUGAAUCAAUGAAUCGACCUAUGACAACAAUGCUUAUGCUAUUACGUCAACCUAUCACGGUGGCACGCUCAAGCUAUAUACUACUCAUCUUUCAGAGCCUAGCGAUCCCGGCCGUCCUCCUGAAUAUAUUAUGA